AUGUCCUCCCCCAUUCUCCCGGAGAAUGAACCACAGAUUCAGCCCAGGAACCCCUUCGCUCGUCCAGGUCCCAUCCCCGACAUUCGAUUAGAAGGUCUAUAUCUAGAGAGACCUCCUUCGCUCGUACAGAGAGCCGAAUCCUCCUCAGGUUCCUCGAGCCCGGCAACUACGACCUCUUGCGGGCCAAACGACAAUUCAGGCGCCUGUGAGAAAUAUUACGGUUCUGAUGGAUCGAGUACAACGUUGCCUAUUGUAUUGGGAGUGGUCAUUCCUCUAGGCAUCGCGUUGAUCCUGCUGCUAUAUCUACACCGAAGACAUGUGAAGAAACUGAAACGGGAAGACGCAGAAGAUAAGCACAAAUCCCUCGACUUUGGCCUCCUCGAAUCGAAGCACAACCCAGGCAAAAGGAAUGGUCGAAAAGUCCCUGAGAUGUCAAUGUCCGAAGUAAAAGAGACGGGCGGUAGACGCGGUCGUGGCUUGUCGCUUGAUAUGGGUGCUAACAAUCCAUAUCUAUUACCUCCUGAACUGCAGCACUCUCGAGAAUCGCUGCACUCGCUGUCUCGUUCAAUAAAUACCGGCGACGACAAAUAUCGUGCCACCACCUUCAUUCCCGACGAUGGCUCUGUUCGACCACCUUCAAGUCUCAGAAGCCCGGUCGACGAUUCGUCAAGCUACACCGGGUCCUCCACUCGCAGAUUUCCGUUCGACUCGAAGCAAAAUUUGUUGCGCAAUGCUCAAGAGCCUGCGAAUGGGCUGCCUCCUUCGGGACGCAGUACUCCAGCAGAUUCGGCUCUGGGGAGCCGUAAUCCCAUGCCAGCUGGCAAACCCAAUAACUUGCUUCUCCCUACCGUGCCCGAUCCCGUGCGCGACUCGUUUGUGAGCACGGCGAGUAGUAAUGGCGCGGUGAAUGCCCUGAGAGCCAGCAACAACUAUCUUGGCCAGUUCAUUAGUGGUGGAGACACAUUUGGACUGGACGAGCCCAACAAAAAAGAGCCAGUAUUGUCCGUGAAAGAGGUCCAAGCUGAGACACCAGUCGUGCAGGUCCAGGCACCUCCUCCUGUUAUGCUCAAAGACGCGCCCCCUCCCCCACCGGUCACGACUUUAGCCUCUCAGGAGCAGACAACCGUGGUGCCCGGCAUUACAUUGAAUGCACCAGAGGAGCGCCAACCAAGGCCACCCCAGCUUAGCUUCAUCGAUUCCCAAAAUAACAGACAACAGAGUCUCGCAACCGAAGAAGACGCUCAUACCACUUUGAAUUCUUCGAAGAAGACACCGCGGGGCCAUGAUGCCCCUUCGACGGACCUCCUCUACUUAGAGCACUCGCACGAUCAGACAUCACAAGUUCAACACCGGGUCCAACAAGAGGAAGACGACUAUUAUGAUGAAUACGAGGCGUACGGAGACCAGGAUCAACAAUACCAUGACGACCGCGGGUACUAUGAUUAUGAGGACUAUGAUGACUACACCGGGUACGAUCCUCGUCGAAUCACAAUGGGCCUGCGACCGUUACCCCCUGAUGAUCCCUCCGAAAACCCCGAGCAACGCGCCAACCGGAUCAGAUCAUUUUAUAAAGAAUACUUUGAUGACUCAAAACCACAAAAUCAUGCUCAAAAUAUGCAGUAUUAUGAUGGUGCUGAAGGAUACUACCAGGACAACUAUGGACCGGGUGCCUAUCAAGACGGCUACUAUGAUCAAGCGGCAUAUCAACCACCUCGAGGGAUGUCACAAACUGGCGCGUAUGGAAGGCAUCGCGCCACGGUGUCUAAUGGUAGCUACCAGUCAGGGCCACGGGCAUUCUCAUCAGCAUCAGGGCGGUACGGAGGGUAUCCUCGCAUGCCGCCGAAGAAGAACUUGCCACCACCCAAACCGCUGCACGUCCUUCCCACACCGGCAAAACUCAAAGAGGACACGUUCUUGCCCAUUGACUUCGCUCCCCCCCAGAAAAUCCAUAAUCAGCGGUCUGGUACUCCUGAUAGCCUUCGCGGAGGAUUAAGACCUUAUUCCCCAGCAGUGAGGGCUCACAUUCCCCUGGCAUCAUCUUUCGAUGACCUAGCGGUGAUACCCAGCCCGCAUCAAUUGAGAAAGUCAUCCACGUUCACUGCCCUGGACUUUGCACCGCCAUCGCGACUCAGGGCACCCGAUACCGCGAGCGAGACGGGAAGUAUUCGCAGCAACCGUUCAGGGAUAUCGGCUAUCCACCUCCAUAAUAUCCGGACUGGCGCAUACCGAGUCAGUCGGAUACCCAAGGAGGUUGCAGGGACCAGAGACGAGCUGACGGCAGCGUUGAAGCCUCAGUGGGACCUGAACCGAUGA